AAGGACUGCUCCCUAUUAAGGAUUGGCACCUUUGGGGAGCGGGUACCCAAAUUUGACAGGUACCCGCUCCCAAUUCUGGUCCGAUCGCCUAGGCGAUUGGAAAUGGAAGGUGUCCUCCCUCCCUGUAGUGUUUUGGGACACGUGACAGGUCCCAGAAGACUACAGGACCAUUCAUGAAGCGCAGCGCUACUCGCGAAUGCGUAGUGGGUACCCGGCUGUGAAACCACAAGCUGUUACAGCCGGGUGCCCACACUGAAGAUGCCAGCCUCCUGUUUGAGAUGUCGGCGUCAUAGCGGAGAGAAGGGACUGCGCGGGUGAGAACAUUGCUGGACCCUGGGACA